GCCAAGGCGGCCGACAAGAAGGACGAGAAGAAGGAAGUCGAGCUCUCCGAAGAGGAUUUGGCGCUCAAAGAAAAUCUCGAAUUGAUGGUCGUGAGGAGCGCGGACCCCAAAGCCGGUGUUGCAAAGCUGGCGAUGGAGACGAUGAGAAGCGAGAUCAAGUCAGCCACGAGCUCCAUGACGAGCGUUCCGAAGCCGCUCAAGUUCCUUCGUCCCCAUCUGCAAACCCUCAAGGACACCUACGCAAAGCUGAAACCUGGUGAAAACAAGAAACUACUCGCUGACAUCAUCUCCCUGCUCGCCAUGACCGAUGCUCCGAUUGAUGAUGCAAUGCCCGAGUCGCUGAAAUACCGUCUUCUCGGAUCUAACGAAGACAUCGGCACUUGGGGUCAUGAGUACGUCCGCAACCUGGCUGCAGAGAUCGGAACAGAAUUCCACCGACGCCAGGAUGAGAGCGCCAAGGAGGGGAAAGAUGCUGAUGUUGAGGAUCUCAUGGGACUCGUGAGUGAGGUGAUCCCCUUUCACAUGAAGCACAACGCUGAGCCCGAGGCUGUGGAUCUUCUCAUCGAAGUCGAGCGACUUGAUCUGCUCGCUCCUCACGUGAACGAGGGAAACUAUGCGCGCACGUGCCUUUAUCUUUUCAGCUGCUCAAGCUAUCUGCCUGAACCAGAGGAUUCCGAGGUGCUGAAGGUUGCCCACGAGAUCUUCUUGAAAGUUGGCAAGCUGACCGAUGCGAUGCGGGUCGCUUGCCGGCUUGGACUGCAGGAUUACAUGGAGAAAACGUUCCUGGCGUCCAAAGACAAGCUGGAGAAGCGACAGCUGUGCUACAUGCUUGCGCGUCACGGCCAUCCACUAAGGUUGGACGAAGGGCCUUGUGAAAUUGAGGAUGGAGACGAGCUAGAGGAACUUCAAAUUAUCAUGAGCAACUCGAACCUCAGCGCGAAUUACUUGACGCUGGCAAGAGACCUUGACGUCAUGGAGGCAAAGCUGCCUGAGGAUAUCUAUAAGACGCACCUGAUGGAAGGACGUGCACCGGCUGGAGCUGCUGUUGACAGCGCCCGCGCUAAUCUGGCUGCAACAUUUGUGAAUGCGUUUGUGAAUGCUGGAUACGGGCAGGACAAGCUGCUAACUGCAUCGGAGGGAGAUACAGAGGGUGAAGGUGCGUCCUCGGGCGCGGGUUCAAACGUAAGUUGGAUUUUCAAGAACAAGGAUCACGGAAAGAUGUCCGCUGCGGCAAGCCUUGGAUCAAUUCUACUCUGGGACGUAGAAGACGGUCUUCCCAGAGUAGACAACUACCUCUACAGCAUGGAGCAGCAGGUUGUGGCUGGCGGUUUGCUUGCCGUCGGUCUCAUCAAUGUCAACGUUAGAAACGACUGCGAUCCAGCGUAUGGUUUGCUUUACGAGAGCGUCAACAAAGAGAACUCCUCUGUGCGCAUUGGUGCAAUCAUGGGUCUCGGCCUGGCGUAUGCUGGGUGCCAGAAGGAGGAGGUCCAGGAGCUGCUGGUUCCUGUUGUGACCGAUGAUUCCACUCCAAUCGACGUGGCGGCGUUCGCGGCGCUCUCGCUGGGUCUAGUUUUCGUCGGCACUUGCCAUGAGGAAUGUGUGCAAGCAAUCGUGCAGGCCCUCAUGCUUCGACCCGAGAAAGACUUGGAGGAUCCGUUUGCUCAUUUCCUCUGCCUUGGUCUCGGCCUCAUUUUCUUGCAGCGUCAGGGCGAGGUCGAGGCUACUCUUGAGGUGGCGAAGACCUUGCCGCCGCGCAUCAGCGACUUCCUCCAGGUUACCCUUGAGGCUUGCGCUUAUGCCGGAAGUGGAAACGUUCUCAAGGUGCAGGCCCUCCUGGCGCGCUGCGGUGAGCACCCUGAACUUGACGGCGACGAUGCGAAUGAGGGCGCCGACAGCGAGUCUCAAGAGUGGAAAUAUGAUCCGCAGUCAAUUGCCGCUCUUGGCGUGGCCCUCAUUGCCUCAGCAGAGGAGCUUGGAUCGGACAUGGCGGUGCGUGCAUAUGAUCACUUGAUCCAGUAUGGUGACGCCGCAGUUCGAAAGGCUUGCCCUGUGGGUCUCGCGUUGCUGCACAUUUCGAACCCCAAGCUCAACGUCACUGAUGUUCUCGGUCGUUUGAGCCAUGACAGUAACGAGGAUGUCGCGCAGGCUGCCAGCCUCGCUUUGGGUAUUGUCGGCGCUGGCACGAACAAUGCGCGCCUUGCGAGUCAGCUCCGCCAGUUAUCCAGCUACUAUUACAAGGAUCCUUCACUUCUGUUCCUUGUUCGAGUGGCUCAGGGCCUCGUACACAUGGGAAAGGGUCUUUUGACCCUCUCUCCUUCGCAUUCGGACCAUUCUCUGCACUCGAAUGUUGCCUUGGCCGGACUCAUCACUGUUGCGUUUGCAAUGCUUGACAUGAAGCACACAAUUCUGGGCAAGCACCAUUACAUGCUUUAUUAUCUCUUUGUCGCUGCGCAGCCUCGCAUGCUGAUGACCGUAGACGAGGAGGGCAAACCCCUUCCUGUCGCGGUGCGUGUUGGUCAGGCAGUCGAUGUCGUUGGGCAGGCUGGUCGCCCCAAGACAAUCACAGGCUUCCAGACGCACACCACUCCUGUGCUUCUCUCGGCAGGUGACAGGGCAGAGCUUGCAACUGAAAAAUACAUCGCAAUCGCCUCUGUGCUCGAAGGCGUCGUGAUUUUGAAGCCGAACCCCGAAUGGAUUGAAGAAAAGGAGUGAUCAGCGUCAUCGAGUCGGGUUCGGGUUUGUGAUUUGCCUAGUCUUGGUCUUUAUGAAAUGAGAAGGAUAUACACUACGGCUA